CACUUCGUCGCCGCCGCAGUGGCCAAAUUUAUAAAGGCGACGGGAUCCCAAAUUCGUUCGACGUGGUGUCGGCACCCAUUUUCUGAUCGCAGGUCUCUACAUCUCAUAAUCAUAUACACUGACAGUGUUGCCAUCAUGGUUCCCCCGGUCAAGACGGCGAAAGACGAGAACGCCAUCGCCCACGCGAGGACGCUGGAGCGGGUACCCUGGUGCGACGACUACGAGAAGAUGGUGUCGGGCAUGCUCUACAGCUGCAUGGCGCCCGAGCUGCUCGCAUCGAGGAACCGUGCCAGACGCCUGGCCCAGCGCUUCAACACGUACGUCCCGGAUGAGAGCGCGUCCGCCGACGAGGUUGCGAGCACGAGGGUGGGCAUGAUCAAGGAGCUGUUCGGCAAGAUCGGGGAGGAUGUCUACAUCGAGCCCAGCUUGCAGGUCGACUACGGCUGCAACAUCACUGUCGGAGACCGUUUCUACGCCAACUUCAACUGCGUCAUUCUUGACUGUGCUCAUGUCACCAUCGGUGACAGAGUCAUGUUCGCGACGGGCGUCAGCCUCAUCACGGCGACGCACGAGACAGGCUUGCAGUCGAGAAGAGACAACAUCGAGUACGCGGAGCCCAUCACCAUCGGGGAUGACUGCUGGAUCGGAGCAAACGUCACCGUGCUGCCGGGAGUCAAGAUCGGCAAGGGCUGCACGAUUGGUGCCGGAGCCCUCGUGAACAGAGAUAUUCCUGAUUACUCGGUGGCCGUGGGCGUCCCGGCCAAGGUUGUUAAAAAGGUAGAUCCCGUCGAUUAGACCGAGAAUAAGACGUAAUAAGCUGUCGCCAAUUCAGAGUCAACGACCCCGAGGCCUGCUUCUUGUCAUU